AUGUUAACAAUACCGGAGCUCCUGAUAUUCUCUACAUUUUUAUUACUGCUGUCUGUCUCCAUCCGUGUCUGGAGGCAACGGAGGCAACGGAAGGGCUUGCCACUCCCCCCAGGACCGAAGGGUCUGCCGAUCCUCGGGAAUCUGCUUGACAUCAAUGUUUCCAAGCCUUGGUUAUCAUAUACCGACUGGGCAAAGAAACAUGGCGAUAUUGUCUAUUUGAGUAUCCUCGGACAGGAGUUUAUUAUUAUCAGUUCUGAGGAGCUUGCGCACACUCUUAUGGACCAACGUUCCGGAGUGUAUUCCGAAAGACCAUAUGUCUCCACGAGUUCGGGAUGGAUUUCACCACCGGAUUGUUACCCUAUGGGCACCGAUGGCGGCAACGUUAGUUUCGGUUUGACUGCGAUGAUUCGACUUUUGAAUUAUCUGGUUGCAGACCGGAAGAUGUACCACGUAGGAUUCAGCAAGGAAGCCUGUCGCGAAUAUCAGUCCAUGCAGCUUCAAAAAGUUCACCAAUUCCUGGAGAAUCUCAUUGCUUCCCCAACUCAGUUUUCUGCGCAUUCAAAAACGUUAGCAGUGGCAAUUAUCAUGGCUAUCACAUACGGUUACGAUCCUGCGCCGGCCGAAGAUCCGUUUGUGACCAAGGUCGAACGUUUCAUCAAUAUCUUUUUCAGGGCACUCUCACCCGAGGGCGCUGCAUUGACCGGAGCGAUACCAUUUUUGCAACACAUCCCGUCAUGGCUUCCUGGGGGGAUGUACAAGCGCCGGGCUGGAGAGUGCCGCGGUCUUGCUCAUGACAUUCUGAACGAUCCUGUAGAGUAUGUGAAAGUUGAAAUGGCUGGUGGCACGACGCGACAUUCCCUCGUAAGGGAUCUUUGGGGCAGAUAUGCGACCAAGGACAACACUGUCACCGUUGAAGACGAAGAGACAAUUAAGGCAGUUGCUGCCACUGUAUUCUUGGGUGGAGCAGAAUCUACCGACUCCGUUUUGACCAUGUUUUUACUUGUCAUGGUCCUUCAUCCAGAGGUUCAGAUCAAGGCGCAAGAAGAAAUCGAUCGAGUGGUUGGCAACAGCCGUCUCCCUGACUUCAGUGAUCGAGAAAGGCUUCCCUAUGUCGAAGCAGUGUAUCUCGAGACUCUACGGUGGCAACCGAUAAUUCCGAAGGCCCUUCCGCAUGCUACGAGUACAAGCGAUAUCUACAAUGGAUAUUACAUCCCAAAAGGCGUCAAUGUUGUUGCAAACAUUUGGGCGAUGACACAUGACGAAACACGAUUCCCGGAUCCAAUGAGCUACAAACCAGAACGGCAUCUGUCACCUACCGGAGAACUUCUUCAAGGUAUCACAUCCCCCUACUUUGGUUUUGGACGACGGAAGUGUCCCGGACUGUAUGUUGCAGAUCAGAGCAUUUGGGCCUCCAUUGUCUCCAGUUUGGCAACAUUGCGCAUUAGGAAGAGGAAGGACUCGACUGGAUGUGAAAUCGAUGUGAAGCCCGAGUUUACAGCGGGGUUAGCGUUAUCAAUUCGACCGAAACCUUUCGCAUACUCCAUCGAGCCUCGCUCUGCAAACGCAGAGAGAUUGAUUCGUGCGAGUAACAGGGGCGAAUAG